AAACCGCUGCUGGGGAACCGAGAGAAGGGGACACCAAUGGAGACUCGGAGGCUGCUCUGGAGCUUUCUAAAGACUCUAUGAAGGGAAGACCCACCGAAGAGUCCUUUGGCCAAGGGCCCACUGGGACAGUGGUGGAAUGUGUGGUAGACUUUUCAGGAUGCUCCAGCGGUCAGAAUUGCCAAUGAGUGAGGAUGCCAUGAGAAAAGCUGGUGUGGCCCACAGUAAAUCCAGCAAGGAUAUGGAGAGCCAUGUGUUCCUGAAGGCCAAGACCCGGGAUGAAUACCUUUCUCUCGUGGCCAGGCUCAUUAUCCAUUUUCGUGACAUUCAUAACAAAAAAUCUCAAGCUUCAGUCAGUGACCCUAUGAAUGCGCUGCAGAGCCUGACUGGUGGGCCCGCUGCAGGAGCAGCUGGAAUCGGCAUGCCUUCGCGGGGCCCAGGACAGUCACUGGGCGGGAUGGGUGGCCUUGGCACCAUGGGGCAGCCGAUGCCCCUCUCAGGGCAGCCACCCCCCGGCCCCUCAGGGAUGGCCCCCCACGGCAUGGCUGUUGUAUCUACAGCAGCGCCACAGACCCAGCUGCAGCUCCAGCAGGUGGCGCUGCAGCAGCAGCAGCAGCAGUUCCAGCAGCAGCAGGUGGCGCUGCAGCAGCAGCAGCAACAGCAGCAGCAGCAGCAACAGCAGCAGUUCCAGGCCCAGCAGAAUGCCAUGCAGCAGCAGUUCCAGGCCGUGGUGCAGCAGCAGCAGCAGCAGCUCCAGCAGCAGCAGCAGCAGCAGCAACACCUGAUUAAAUUGCAUCAUCAAAACCAGCAGCAGAUACAGCAGCAGCAGCAGCUACAGCGGAUGGCACAGCUGCAGCUGCAGCAGCAGCAGCAGCAGCAACAGCAAGCUUUGCAGGCCCAGCCACCGCUCCAGCAGCCGCCGAUGCAGCAGCCCCAGCCUCCCCCCUCCCAGGCCCUGCCCCAGCAGCUGCAGCCCAUGCACCACCCGCAGCACCACCAGCCGCCGCCGCAGCCCCAGCAGCCACCUGUUGCUCAGAACCAGCCAUCGCAGCUCCCACCGCAGUCACAGACCCAGCCUCUGGUGUCCCAGGCUCCGGCCCUCCCUGGACAGAUGCUGUAUGCCCAGCCACAGCUGAAACUCGUGCGAACUCCUAUGGUGGUGCAGCAGCCGCAGGUGCAGCCCCAGGUGCAGCAGGUGCAGCAGCAGACAGCAGUACCGACAGCGCAGGCCUCCCAGAUCGUGGGCUCUGGAGUGCAGGUCAGCCAGAACAGCCUCACCAUGCUGUCCUCGCCGUCACCGGGCCAGCAGGUGCAGACCCCACAGUCGAUGCCCCCUCCUCCCCAGCCAUCCCCGCAGCCUGGCCAGCCCAGCUCGCAGCCCAACUCCAACGUCAGCUCUGGCCCUGCCCCUUCCCCUAGUAGCUUCCUGCCGAGCCCCUCACCACAGCCCUCCCAGAGUCCAGUGACGGCCCGCACCCCGCAGAACUUCAGCGUCCCCUCCCCGGGACCUUUAAACACCCCCGUGAAUCCCAGCUCAGUCAUGAGCCCAGCUGGCUCUAGCCAGGCUGAGGAGCAGCAGUACCUCGACAAGCUGAAGCAGCUGUCCAAGUACAUCGAGCCCCUGCGCCGCAUGAUCAACAAGAUUGACAAGAAUGAAGACAGAAAAAAGGACCUGAGUAAGAUGAAGAGCCUUCUGGACAUCCUGACAGACCCCUCUAAGCGGUGCCCCCUGAAAACACUGCAGAAGUGUGAGAUUGCCCUGGAGAAGCUCAAGAAUGACAUGGCAGUGCCCACACCCCCGCCGCCUCCGGUGCCGCCAACCAAACAGCAAUACCUGUGCCAGCCGCUCCUUGAUGCCGUCCUGGCCAAUAUCCGCUCACCCGUCUUCAACCAUUCCCUGUACCGCACCUUCGUGCCGGCGAUGACAGCCAUCCACGGCCCACCCAUCACAGCCCCGGUUGUGUGCACCCGGAAGCGUAGGUUUGAAGACGAUGAGCGGCAGAGCAUCCCCAACGUGCUCCAGGGGGAAGUGGCCAGAUUAGAUCCUAAGUUCUUGGUGAAUUUGGAUCCUUCUCACUGCAGUAACAAUGGCACCGUCCACCUGAUAUGCAAGUUGGAUGACAAGGAUCUCCCGAGUGUGCCGCCACUGGAGCUCAGUGUCCCUGCUGACUACCCUGCCCAGAGCCCACUGUGGAUCGACCGGCAGUGGCAGUACGAUGCCAACCCCUUCCUGCAGUCGGUGCACCGGUGUAUGACCUCGAGGCUGCUGCAGCUCCCCGACAAGCACUCAGUCACGGCCCUGCUCAACACCUGGGCACAGAGCAUCCACCAGGCCUGCCUCUCAGCUGCCUAGCCACCCAGCCGCUGGGGACCGCAGGGAGAGUCAGCGGCCUCGUCAGGGCCACAGAGGGCAUGCACCUCAUGUCGGACAUUUCUAGGUGUUGGCUCCCUUAGAGAGCCUGGGCUUAGAUUAGCUUUCCUGCUUUUAUCUUCUGCCUUGGGGACUUGCCAGACAUCCUCCCACACUUGUACAUGAUGAGGGCAGGUGGCUGUGGGGCUGGCUGCAUCAGUGAUGGGGUUGGGACGUCCCCCAGGGAGUCAGACAUGCCACCAGCCCUGUGUGCUCAUCCCUGGGCUGCUGUCCCCUCGGCCUCUCCAAGGCCUGUGUCCUUCCUCAGCACGGGGGAGAACUCAGGGUCUUGUUAGAGCCUCUUGUGUGUGUGCACCAGAAACACAUCCUGUUCCUGUAAGGGAACAUGGGGAGCAUAGGAAACCCUGAAAAUGCACACAGAAGUCUCUGGUCACAGUUUUAGGUUCAGACCCUGCCACCGUGGGCAUGUGGGGCAAGCCACAGGGAAGCUCCUGGAUCCCAGGGUGCUGGCCGAGUCUCAGAGGGAAGGUUGGCCUGCAGGCGGUUGCAGAUCCCCUGCGGUCGCCUGGGCCUCAUACCUCAUGGCAUUCUUCCUUCAAGCCAUGGGGGUCUGCUCAGCACUGUGGGAGAGCCUGGGGAGCAGGGGCACCUGGGUGGAUCCUGUCCCUGGCACCGUGCCCACUCUGGGGUCAGGGCUCAGAGCCAUUCCUGAGAGUGAAGAAGGCUCCCUGACAGGGCAUCAGCCCGCCAGCCCUCUGGUGUUGAGAGGGUCCCCCUUUUCUAUGUGCACUACCAUGUCAUCUGUGGUUCUUAUAAUAAAUUUAUUAUUCCUGUG